CAACAGUCGGCAGUUGUUCGAUGACCGAUCGGACUUAGCAAAGGUCCGGCACAUGUCCUCAAGUAAGAUCCAGGCUUAGUCCCAAACGUGUCACCUUGAACGCGCAAGCCUUUACCAGAGCUGGUUAUAGACACGGUCAGAGAGGACGGACAAGGCGCUACGGCUACGCGCAGGAUUCGUAAGCGUCCUGGUCACUUCAGAUUCGCUGUUGCAAACACCGUCACGGCUUCUUAUACCCGCGCGUCCGGGCUCUCAAAACUUCAUGUCGACAGCUUCAUUCCAAAUUGCCUAGCAUUGAUUUGCUACCGAUUUCACGACCCGGUCCGCAAAGAUUGACGGCCAAGGUCGCCUGGUGCUACAGAUGAUGGACGAGAACGCUUCUCCGCAGGCAGCUAGUGCCUUGGCUGCUUCUUCUCCCAUGUCGCCCAAGAGUUUUGAGGCCCAGCAACCACUGCUACUCGAGCUGGACGUCGAGGAUGGCAUCGAGCGGCGCCGGAGCCGCCGAUCGAGGCCAAGAUGGGGUCGUCAUAAUCAGCAGCCCACGUCGGCUCAGGUGCACCAGUUCUGCAACCGGAUGUUUCUCAGAUCGCUUGUGUGGUUUAUGAAGAUUUCGGCCGGAUUUAUAUCAGGAUUUAUUUUUGCAUUGUUUGUCAUUCCAUUUUGGCCCACCCCCAGCGAGGACCACUUCGACGAUGCGUUCCGAAACUUCCAGACCUCGCUGGGCAUAUCACCCUUUGAUCCAGACUACCCCACAGAAUACAUGAAGAGUGUGCUGCCGAUACCGUGUCAUUCGCACAAUGACUAUUUGCGUCGGCGACCCUUAUGGUCGGCAUUGGGAUCGGGAUGUAUUGCCGUCGAAGCAGACGUUUGGCAUAUUGGAGCGGACCUAUAUGUGGGACAUACUCAGGAUGAAGUAGUACGAUCCAAGACGCUCACCAACCUCUACAUUGAGCCGUUGACAGAGCUCUUGGACCACAGAAAUAUGAACCGGAUGGAAUGGUCCGAAAUGAAAGGCGUGUUCUACCAAGACCCAUCGCAGACGCUGGUGCUCCUGGUCGACCUCAAGACGCCCGAUUGCUGGGAUCUUCUUUACGAACAGAUUGAGCCACUGCGCCAGAAGGGAUACCUGACAUACUGGGACGGCAGUACUCGCAUCAUACGUCCUGUUACCGUUGUGGCCAGUGGCUCCGCGCCAUUCGAUAUCUUGAUUAGCAACCAGACUUACAGAGAUAUUUUCUACGAUGCUCCGCUCGACGCUCUCGACGACUGCAUCGACGGUGAAUGUGAAUCGAGCCAGGUGUCUGAAGGAGCCAUACCGUACAAAUACAAUCCAUCGAACUCGUAUUAUGCAUCUUCUAGUCUGGCUCGAGCCAUUGGAGCGAUUCCGGGAUUCAGACUCACCAACUCACAACUGGAGCUUAUUCGCAGACAAAUCGACGAGGCUCGGAAGCGAGGACUGAUUCCUCGAUAUUGGGGUACCCCUAGAUGGCCACGCGGAUUGCGUGAUGAACUGUGGGGCGUGUUGCUCCAUGAGGGCGUUGGCGUGUUGAAUGUUGAUGACCUACGGGCUGCUCGCAAAGGCAACUGGGGCAUCUGGUCGCAACCUUCGUUUUGACAUGCUAUCUGAGCCAUGAAUCUCCCGUGUAUCUAAAACAGGCACGGCAUCCAAUGUUCACGACCUGCUAUGUAACAAAGCUGUAAUAACAAAAUUGAGGUUCGAUGUUCAAACAGCUCUCGGUUUCCGGUUUCCAAUCUAUCCCAUACAUUUAUCGGCGAAGGAAGCAAUCGCUACCAUAAGACUAAGUGUCCACAGUGGUUUCUGAGCCAACUUUGACAUGCAGACCAUGAAAACCAAACCCGACAACACCACCUACUUCUGCUCUACCAAGUUCUUGCAUCGUCCUUGCGUCCAAGCAAAGAAGGUAGCUUGACUCUUUCAGGCCAUCGAGAACCACACUCAACAAGACCCCGUCGUCCUCAGCACUGCCCUCUGGAUCCGCCACGAAAAUAGGCUCGCCGGGAGUGUGUGCGAAUGUACCCCAGUAUUUUGGCGUGUGCGUCUUCGAGUCCCACUUGACUAAGCCGUCCGCGAGGGAUGAGAGUCUCCGGUCAACAAUGCCAUACGUGUACCUGUGCGGUCGGGUGACGAAUCGGGGGUUCAAUGUGGGAAGCUCGGGCGAAGCAUCCUUCGGCGCAGUAUAUUCAACAACGACUACUCCUGGUUUUUCCGACGCUGAAGCAAUAUCUCGUAGGCGAUAUCUCCGAAGGAAGCCUCGCGCUGCGUCACCUUUUGGACCCUGGAAAUUCUUAUUCCCUGGUGCGGUGGACAGCAGAUUAUCGUAAUAAAAUUUGUGAAGGACAUCGAGGCUGGAAUACUCGGACAGCUCGCAAACAAUGUCAACCUUUGACCGGUCUAAAGGUGAAACUUCUGUCCAGGCGUUGACCGUGUGGAAGCAGAAAAACGCAGGCGAUUCAUACUUUGCGAUGAGGCCCUUACUGUGGCGACGAUCGAUAACGUACCAGAUUGUUCGCUGCUUGCUAUCGAAAGGGGAUAUGCUGUCAAGGAUAUUCUGAUUAUACAGGAUGCUGGCACCGCCAGAUUUGAUGUGACUGUUCCAGACGCAGAGGAUCACAUGGUCCUGAGUCAAAAGAAUAGAGUGCAAGUACGCUGGCUUUCCUGGGAAAGAUGCAAGAAUUUCCGUCUUUCCUGUCGAAGCUGACACGUGAAAUAUGCGAUAUGUGGGCUGGCGUCCAAGAUCGAGAUUGAAAUUAUAGACAUCACCAGUCUCCGGAUCGGACUUUGCGUGUGCUGCUGAUAGAGGUCCCUUCAGGCUUGGAUGCAACGACGCUUGCGAGGCGAUGCCAAUAGGCUCCAGGGUCUCGGGAUCAAGCUGCUUGAAGUUACUGGCGUCAGUCUUGGCCCACAGGGUUUGGAUGCCGGAAGCAUGCCGCACAUCUUGUCUGCCAACGUGCGGUGGCGACGUUCCCGGCAUAUUGAAGGACAAAGUAACACCAAUAUUUGCGGCUGCAGGAUCAAUGGCCCGUUUCUGCGCAGUCGACACUUCAAAUACAGUCAUCACCUUAGAAAAGAAGCUUUGACAUGGAUCUCUUUUCUGGGCAAAGGUGAACCCUUUCAGUGUGCCCGUUUCUUUGAUACUCUCAAUGAGUUUAUCGACAGUACUUCGCGAGUUGUAUGUGACUUUUGAAGAGCCACUGCCGUCAGGCGUGAUCUCGAAGCGAUGCACUUUCGACAAGCCGUCGAACCAGUGUGACAUCGAAAAUGUGCUGCCCUUUGAAGUAUCAAUCUUGUAGGCACUUGGUCCUGUUCUGUAAAGAACACCAGCAGCAUACGCUGGUAUCUUUCCAGUGACCUUCAAGUCGACCGGCGUGCGCUGUUCGAAGAAAGUGUUGAACUAUUAACUGUCAUUCUAUUAGUUCCACUACAGAAAGAUGAUAAUACUUACUCCAACAUCGUUAGGCCAUUUGGACCAAUCACCAUCGACAUCUUCAUGGAUGGAGUCGCUUCGAUUAUAAUUCUGUGUUUCCAUGUUGCAUGCAAGUAGAACAAAGCCGUCGCUGCAGGUAUAAACUUGAGAUCGACAACACUACGGAUGCAAUCCAAGUAUUCAAAUAUGCGCGAAAUUUGAAACGGACAUUGCCAUCAAUCUACGAUCUUUAUAGAGAACUUGCAGCAGAAGGUUUCAAGAACUCACGUCCCGAUUUGGACCAUUCUGCGCUCGGCGAACAUAGAUCCUCCGGAAUGUCAGGGAGAAGAGCACAAGCAUCGUGAAUUUUGGGACAAUGGAGCGCAACUAUGAGC